AUGGCGUCCGCACACCGUCUCCGAAUUCCGCCCAAGGAGCCGCACAGAGGGCAGGGAAUGGAAGACGACGCGUCCGGGCCCGAUGAGACAGGACGCCCGGCUCUUGUCUCGUUCGAUGAGAUGCCGGGAUGGUUUCGACUCGACAAUAACCAGUGGGUUCUUCACGGUUACCGGCCCUUAUCGGGCUCGCUUCGGGCCUCGUUCCGCAGUUGGUGGUACCUCCAUAACGAGACCGUCAACAUCUAUUCCCAUCUCAUUCCGGCAAUUGUUCUCCUCCCCGGCGAGUGGUAUAUCUUGCAGUACCUUGCUAGCAAAUAUUCCAGAAUUACCAGCACCGAUAUUAUUACCUUCUCGUUCUUUAUACUUACGGCAAUUAUUUGCUAUACAUUUUCGGCUCUUUAUCAUACUUUAAUGAACCACUCUUACGAGGUAAACUAUUUCUACCACCGACUAGAUAUGCUCGGGAUAGGGAUCUUCAUAGUCGGUGAUAUUAUCCUGGGAGUCCACAUAAUCUUUCGGUGUGAGACUACGCUACGUAACAUUUAUUGGUCUAUGAUUGGGGUUUUCGGGGUAUCAACUAUUAUCGCGAACACCUAUCCUAAGCUCCAGAGCUAUGAGUAUCGCUCUAUACGAACAUUAGCGUUCGUAGCGACUGGCAUGUCCGCUGCGGUACCCUUAAUUCAUGGGCUCAAUAUGUUCGGGCUGGAUUUAAUGAACAAAAAGGCCUUUACUUAUACCAUGGUAGCAAAGGUAGGCUGCCUUCUACCUGGAACUGGGCUUUAUAUAAUAAGGUUUCCCGAAAAUUGGUGGCCUGGAAAAUUCGACAUGUGUAGCUCCCACUCAUUCAUGCAUAUCCUAGUGGUUUGCGCUACUAUUAUUCAGAUGAUAGGGUAUCUGGAAGCCUUCGACUAUACUUACUCAAAUAUUACCUGCCCGGCCUCUUGA